CUUCUGUCGAUAUUCGGAGCACCACACACCCCACCUUUCACUCACUCGGGGCCUCAAUUACUUGCCCUCACUUAAAGCGCUUAGAUAUUGAGUGGCUACAGACUAUUUCUUUCCCUCCUAUCACAAAGUGCUCUUUUCUUUCAGGACCGUCGUGUUCUCGCCAUGCCCGAUAUCCGGUCCUUUUUCGGCCCCAAGAACGGCGCAUCUGCCCCAAAGGCGGUCCCGAAAAAGAAGCCAGAGGAGCCGACCAAGGGUAGACGCAGCAGGAAAGUAAUCGAGGACAGCGAUGACGAUGACGCUAUCAUAGAGCAGAAGGCCCCUAAACCCGCUCCAAAGAGGGCAAAAAAGGAAGAGUCUGAUGGCGUCGAGAUUACGGCGAGCGAAUACUUUGCUUCUUCCAAAGCUGGCAAAGGUCCAAAAGCGCCCACGUCUCCAAAACCCGAUGCGAAAACCCAAGUCAGAAAAGAGGCCGUAAUCCGGAGCAGCCCCAGAAAUAAAUUGACUACGAAAGCCCCUGAGGCUGGUUCUAACGGCAACGGUCAUGCCUUGACCUCGAAGAAGCGCACAACCACCUCCUACAAAUCGCAUGACCUUGACGACGACGCUGCCUACAAGGACGACGACGCCGAGGACGACGGAGAUAUCUUUGCCGCUGAUGCCAAGGGAAGAAACAAGCGGAAGAAUGGCGAUUACGUCGACGACGAGAGUGAAGACGAAGAUUUGCCCAAACCGAAGCGGAUUGCGUCUAGGAGUAAUAAAGCCGCUGCUACGACCCCAGUUCAAGAUCAACCUGCUCCCAAGCCCAGGAAGAGGAAGAGUCCCGAAAGAGAACUGGACGAGUCUGAAGAGGAAAAGCCCAAGAAGAAACAGACGCCUGCGAAGCGUGCUCCGAGGACCAAGAAGGCCGAUGAAGCCGAGGACGCCUCGUACCAAGCCAUCCUGGAUGACAUCCCCACCGUUCGGCCGCCCACGCCUCCACCGAAAGAUCCCAAUGCCAAGUUUGACUGGAGAGCCGCCAAAAGCGGAGGUCACGCGGCCGCUCCGCCCUCCAAUCCUGCCGGCGCUGACAUUCCCGAAGGCGAGGAAGAGUGUCUUACGGGACUGACGUUUGUUUUCACCGGUGUGCUUCAGACCAUUGGGCGCGAAGAAGGACAAGCCUUGGUGAAGCGAUAUGGCGGAAAGAUAACAACAGCACCGAGCAGCAAGACCAGCUAUGUCGUCCUCGGUGACGACGCUGGGCCCAGCAAGCUGAAGAAGAUCAAAGACUUUGGCAUCAAGACUAUUGACGAGCAUGGCCUGUUCGAGCUCAUCAAGCGGCUUCCUGCGUAUGGAGGCAGCGGCAAGGGGGCGGAAAAGGCGCGAGAAAAGAAGAAGAAAGAGGAGGAAAAAAUGAAGCAGGAAGCCCUGGAGAUGGAGCAAGAGGAGAAAGCUCGCCGAGCGGAGGCUGAGAAAGCGGCGAAGAAGGCUGCCGCCGCACGGGGCGUGACCGGCGCCGCUGCUGCCCCAGCGGCCCCUCCUGCUCAGUUGUGGACGUCCAAGUACGCGCCUACGCAGCUGAGCCAUAUCUGCGGAAACAAAGUCCAAGUGGAAAAGAUCCAGAAUUGGCUGAGGAACUGGCCAAAGAGCAAGAAAUACAACUUUCAGAAGAGGGGAGCUGACGGCAUGGGUGGUGCUCGUGCGAUCAUCAUCUCCGGCCCCCCGGGCAUCGGCAAGACCACUGCGGCGCAUCUGGCCGCGAAGCUAGAAGGCUACGACGUGCUCGAGACCAAUGCGAGCGACGCGAGGAGCAAGCGGUUAGUCGAGGAGGGCGUCAGCGACGUGAUGAACAACACGUCGCUUCUCGGUUUCUUCGCCGGCGAGGGGAAGAAGGCGGAUGCUGGCAAGAAGAACAUUGUUCUGGUCAUGGACGAAGUGGAUGGUAUGUCGGCGGGCGACCGGGGAGGCGUUGGAGCGUUGGCCAAGUUCUGCAAGAAGACUGAGGUGCCCCUGAUCCUCAUCUGCAAUGAACGACGACUGCCCAAGAUGAAGCCUUUCGACUUUGUGACUUUCGACGUCCCGUUCCGACGCCCCACGGUGGAGCAGGUUCGGUCUCGCAUCAUGACCAUCUGCCACCGCGAGGGCUUGAAGAUGCCCCCGAAUGUCGUUGAUGCUCUCAUCGAGGGCAGCAACAAAGACAUUCGGCAGAUCAUCAACAUGGUCUCGACGGCGAAACUCGACCAGACCGCGAUGAAUUUCGAGCAGGGACAGGCCAUGACCAAGGCGUGGGAGAAGCACGUCAUUAUCAAGCCGUGGGAUAUAUGUCAGAAACUGCUGGGGGGCGGCAUGUUUUCGCCGGCCAGCAAGGCAAGGCUCAACGACAAGAUCGAGCUCUACUUCAAUGACCACGAGUUCAGCUACCUCAUGAUUCAGGAGAACUACCUCCGCACGAAGCCCAUGGCCCUCAACAACAAGGGCUACAGCCCGAGGGAGCAGAGGGUGAAGGCACUGGAGCUCUUCGACUGCGCGGCAGAGAGCAUCAGCGACGGUGACUUGGUCGACCGCAUGAUCCACGGACCGCAGCAACAGUGGAGCCUCAUGCCGGCGCACGCGGUCUUCAGCACGGUUCGACCUGCGAGCUUCAUUUCGGGUCAGUUGAUGGGAACCAACUUCACGUCGUGGCUGGGCAACAACAGCAAGACGGGCAAGCUGGGUCGAUUCGUCCGCGAAAUCCACUCGCAUAUGCGGCUGAAAUCGUCUGGCGACGCGAUGGAGAUUCGCCAACAGUAUCUCCCUGUUCUGUGGUACCAGCUCGUCCAGCGGUUGGCCGUCGAGGGCAAGGACAGCAUCAAUGAAGUCAUUGAGCUCAUGGACAGUUACUACUUGACGCGGGAUGACUUUGAUGCCCUCAAGGAAUUGGGGCUGGGACCUCAAGCUGAGGAGAAGGUGGACAUUGAGACGCAGACGAAGGCGGCCUUUACGAGGAUAUACAACAGCAUGCCCCAUCCGGUACCGUUCAUGAAGGCCAGCAACGUCCUGGCACCAAAGAAGGCGGCGAAGGAAGCCCCUGAUCUGGAAGAAGCCAUUGAGGAGGAGGAUGAAGGUGAACUAGAGGCUGCGGAUGUUGUUGAGGAUGACGAACUUGAUCUGAAGAACGACAAGUACGUCAAGCAACCGAAGAAGAAGGCAGCAAGGGCGACGAAGAAGAAGGCCAAGGCAAACGACAGCGACGAUGAGGAUAGCGGCCCCAAAACUAAGAAGGCUCCUUCUAAGGGUUCAACAGCCAAAGGACGUGGCAGGAAGUGAGCAUGGCCAUGAUAGAGGUUGACAAUACUGGGUCGCACAGCAAUGUAUAGUAUAGGGGGGCAGUGGAGUGGAUAUGGAUAUUGGUCGUCUCUUGCUUGUCGGUGCAUGUUUCCUUUCUUUUUUUCGGCUUCUUUUUUCUUUUCUUUGCCAACACCAAGGAUAUGAUCUUCGUUACUUCACAUUGGGACUAUGUAUGCGGGUGAUGCAAUAGACAAGGACAAGGACAAGGGUGUGAGAUGGGAGAGGCAAGCUUGUUGACCAGACGUAUAGAUCAAUGAGAACAUUGCAUACAGACCAGGAAGAAGCAAUGCUUCUGUGAAGGCCUAAAUUUACCUACUCUCAGCUAUAAACAUAAUACACAUAGAGAGGCAUAGCAGGAC